CAGAUGCGGGGUGGUACAAUGUGGCGCUGCGAAGUCCUCCCGCACUCACAGGACACAUGAGAGCUGGUCAAAGUCGGAGCGAAUUGAAUCAAAGUUAGUGUUAAAGUCAGUCUACCUCUCAGAGCGACCAUGAGAGUCUUCCUGCUAAUCUGCAUGCCAGUUCUGCUGUUCGCCCAGGCCCAGUACCAGGAACCGUUUAACUUUGAGGACUAUGAGUACACUACAGACUCUCCUCCUGAAAACUAUCAGCAGCAGGUUCAGCUCAACCCGCUGAUCCGUCCUGAAAAAACAGGGUCCGACUUGCAGACGGAGCCCACAGAGCCCGGACCUCUCGAUUGCAGAGAGGAGCAGUACCCCUGCACCCGACUCUACUCAGUUCACAAGCCAUGCAAGCAGUGCCUCAACAGUCUCUGCUUCUACAGUUUGCGACGGGUGUACAUCAUCAACAAGGAGAUCUGCGUGAGGACUGUGUGUGCACAUGAGGAGCUGCUCAGAGCGGACUUGUGUCGCGAUCAGUUCUCGCGUUGUGGAGUGGCAGCACUGAGUGGCCAGUGUGCAUCACUAGGAGGAAGCUGUGGGAUGAGCUGCGGUAGCUGCUGAUGAUCAGGGAGACCACCUGCCCAGAUACUGCCGCUUUUUCUAUCUCCUCGACCACAUUGUCUUACUUUGCCCGCCUUCCUCUGUCCUCUCUCCCUCUGACCCCCUCUGUACACCCCAUUACUCCUGUGUGAAAAGCACUUCUGCAUUUCAGUGUGUUUCUCUUCAUCUUGAUUUUUCCACGUUUGCUCAGUAGAUCCUGUGUGUAAGGAUACGUAUAAUCCAAAGAACAUUGAUGAUUGUAUAAAUCACUGGUGCUAUAAAACUUUUAGAGGUGCACAUAAAGCCACAGAACAUCCUCUAUUUUUUUUUGUUUUGUUUUCAUAUUGUACCACAUUAAUCUUUUUGUUUGUUGGUAUGUUACUGUAUUUGUGUUGAAAAGCAGUCAUUGUCAUGAUCAGCUCAUCAGUGGUGGCCACAGUGCACUGACAUCAGACAUAACUAACCGAUAACCAGCCGCCAGCCGUCUCGCUAUUGAAGAUCAUGAGAUAUGUGAUGAAACAGGUAGUGAGUGACCUCUUUGAAAAGGCACCUCACAAAUGGCCUCUGUACUACUGCUUUGUUAAACUGUCACUAUAAAGACUGAGAAAAAAAAUAAACUUUUUUUUUUUACUACA